AAGAAGAAACGCCCAAAUUAAUCGGUUCAUGUCUCUCCCAGGUGAAACGUCGGUUGAAAAUUGAAACCAUUGGCUUCCGACUCCGACGAAGGCCUUCUUCAAUCUUCGGUUCGGCCGAUGCAUUCCCGUCCAUAAGGCGUUCUGUAAUGGUUGUUCUAGAUUCUGAAGCGUGAAGUCCCUCGAAAUGAAUACGGAAAAACUAGCAGCUAUUUUAGAUCUGAAUAAAUAGCUACAUUGUUGUUGAAUGGGAAUUCCUGAUUCAAUGGCGAACUAGUUUUGGUUAUUGUGUUGAUUUGCUGAUAUUGUAUGGUAGGUUAAAUCAUCAAGGUAGGUUUUGGGCAGCGCCUUCAUCAUUUUUAGGGAAAUUCAUAUUUUCAAAAAUUGAUAGAAUUUGAUCGCAAAGUUGGAUGUUCCCGGCCGGAUUUUUCUUUAUAGUAUUGUUCUGAAAGUCAAAUACCAGUUGUCUUCAAGUAUAGAAACAAAAUAUUUACAAACAUAAUAAAAAAAAAAGCUAAUAGAUAAGAUACUAAAUAGAUAUUGAGUUUCUAUCGUUAAUGUACUCUAAAAUUUUGUUAAAUUUGUAAAUAUUUUACUAUAAUAUUUAAUUUUAUUUUUACAUCACAAAUUUGGUGCCUAAUAAUUUUGCAUAGUAGCCUAGGCAUAUGUCUUCGUCUUAUGUUUCUGUCUUUAUUCUUCCAUAGUUUUUUUUUUUAAAUUUCAGCCAGGAAUGAUUUCUUCUUCCUUUUUAAAAAGUUGGUAAAAAAAUCCGUUUUUUUCUAAAUUAUAAAAAAUAUGCAUAAACUUGUACUUCAUUUUAGAACGUUCAAAUAUUGUAAGAAUACCAACUUUUCAAAAGACUUAAAAAAACUGUACUUUUUAGUAUGGAAUAAUUUGGUUGUCUGACUUAAAAUCUUGGGCCCAAAUGGAAUAUGACAUGGUUGGUAUAGCAUUUUGGAGAAAUUGUUAGAAAUAAUUUCAAAAUGUUUUUUUAAUUAAUUUAAUUAUUAAUUCAUACGUGCAUAAAAAAUUUAAUCAACAAUUACAUUUGGGCUAUUUAAUGAGCAUAUUUUGGAAAUUAUAAGAACCAUCGAAUCAAACUUAUAAAAUAUAGGGUUAUGAUACUCAAAAUACUAUGCUCCUUUAUCCCGCAAUUUCCCCUCUAAGUGAGGGUCUUCAACCUCCCUGAUAUGUUUCCUUUUUCACUCCUCCUACUUUGUUCUCUAUGCCUUCUCUAUUUUUCUCCACUUCCAUAAACAAGAGCGAGAGCACAAACAAGAUUGAAAAUGAGAUUGAGAGUAGAUUUGCGAUUUUGAGCGAUAUGCAGAGCAUAUAUUUGUUCUUUCUUUAAUCCAUGAUCUAACAUUGCUCUAUUUCCUCUCUUCUAAUAUACUAUCUUAUAUUCUCCUAUCUCAAAAACUAUUUACUUCGAUCAAUCAUGGUACACAGGUUAUAGCAUGAAGAAAUGAGAAUAACGAGUUCACCAUGGAUCCUUCAGGAUUUGAAUGUUUUAGCAAUUUUUUACUUUAAUAGUGGAGUGAGAGUUAUUAUGGUUGAGUUUUAAUACACAUGAAAUUAGACAUAUUGAGAAUCUGGGUAAUACCUAAUACGUCUCAGUUGAAGGAAAAGAAAAAAAAGUGCAUUACUGAAUUUGUAGAGAUGAAGAUUUUUGUUAAUCCUUUUUUCAGUUCAAAUUAGUCUAUUAUUUGUUGUGGUUAGCACCAAAGGCUCCCAAUGAUCAAAUAUGGUAUUCAUUUGUCUGUCCUUUUUUGUAUUUGGCAAUUCAUUGUUUUGCUGAGUAUCGAGAAUAUAUUUUAUGUUGCAUUGUAGGAUAUGAUACUUGAAAUUUUGGUAUAUGUUUGGUUAUGGAGAAAACUGGUUUUAGGGAAACGAGUUAUAUGAGUUGUUUCAAAAUGGUUAUUUUCCAACCCAAAGGAUUGACUAUUUAGGUGUUGAAAUUUCUUAUAUCUAUGUUUGGACCAGGCUAAAAAAUUGAGAGAACUCCUGUUUAUUUGGUAGUCUUAGAGAUUGAGGAAUAGAGUAAGAAAAACAUUAUGGUGGUAUUGAGGAAAAAAGGUAAAAAGGAGCAGAAAUGUAGGAGUGUAAGGUCAUAAAUUGAAGUAGAGAAGAGGGAAGAAAUGGAAGAGGGUGAUGGGGAUCUAAAUUACAAUAACGGUUUCUGUCCAUAUAGGAUAAUAGUUACUGAAAGUUCUGGAUGAACUAAAACGCCCAGGAGUAUGUUUGGACGAAGCUAAAAAAUGAAAGAUCUCUUCUGUAAAUAGUAUGCAUUUUUAUCAAUGAACUUCUAAUUCUUGCUCUUUAUUUUUGAUGCAUGUUACUAUAAUACAGCCACUUUCUGAACUUUUCCUUGCCGGUGUAGAGCAGCUGGGUUCCAAAGAGGAAAGGAGAGGAAUAUUAAAUGUAAUGGCCUCUGAGAGGGAAGUUUUUGAACUUUCAGGGCCAUUACACUUGGCUUCGGUUGAUUGGGAGAAUGCCAAUCACAGAAGGUCAGUUGCCGCUUGUUUGGUUCAAGGCGUUUACAUUUUAGAACGAGACCGCCAGGAGAAGCGUCAAGGCACCGAGGCCUUUGCUCCCCGCUGGUGGGAAUUCUGUCACUUUCGGUUGCUUCGUCAGCUCGUGGAUGAUGUUGACUCUUCCAUUUUUGGUGCUGUUUAUGAAUUCAAACCUUUGCUGCUCCAAGGUCACCACAAGGUUGAUGGGAGUCCCCGUUUUGUGAUUGCUUUCCGAGGCACCUUAACCAAACCAGAUUCCGUCUCUCGCGACAUAGAGUUAGAUCUUCACCUCAUUCAAAAUGGUCUGCAUCGGACAUCACGUUUCGAGAUUGCGAUGCAAGUGGUUCGGAACAUGGUUGCUACUGUUGGUGACUCGAAUGUCUGGUUAGCUGGCCAUUCCCUCGGGUCUGCCAUGGCAAUGCUUGCUGGAAGAACCAUGGCAAGAACAGGCAUUUUCCUCAAAUCAUACCUCUUCAAUCCUCCAUUCUUCGCCGCUCCAAUAGAGAGAAUCAAGGACAAGAAACUAAAACAUGGAUUACGGAUUGCUGGGAGUGUUAUCACUGCGGGACUCGCUCUUGCUUUGAAGGCUGGAAGUAACAAUAACCAAAGGAAUGGAAUUGAGGAGCCAUUUUUUGCUAUAGCAGCAUGGGUUCCUUCUUUGUUUGUUAAUCCAUCAGACCACGUAGGAUCAGAAUACAUUGGAUAUUUUGAACACAGGAAGAAGAUGGAAGAUAUCGGUGCGGGAAGUAUCGAGAGAUUAGCAACACAGAAUUCGAUUGGAGGUCUUUUGUUGAAUGCACUUGGGAGGGAAUCUGAGCCAAUUCAUCUCAUUCCAUCAGCAGAGUUGGUUGUAAAUUUAUCUCCUGCACAAGACUUUAAACAAGCUCAUGGCAUUCACCAAUGGUGGCAACCACAUUUACAAUUGCACUCAAAGAUUUAUGAGUACUCCUAAUUGGAAAAAAAAAAAAAAAACCCUGCUUUUGAACUUGUGAGAUGUGUAAUUUAUCAAUAAUGUUGUAUGGUUGGUGGAUUGGCAUUUGAGAAUUACCUCUUCUUUGUUUAUAGUUUGACGAGAGUUGAUUUGUUUA